AUGGCUGUUAUCAAUGAACAAGGAGAACCAGGCGCAUUCUUUAUGUGCACCGAGACAUCACCUCGUUGUUAUAUCAUCCAACGGGUGAAUUCUAAUAGUAUCGAUCGUAUGUUGGACGACAUGAUGGUGCCAUCUGGUGAGUGCGACACACCUCCUACACCAAUGCUACCUUGGUGGUUUACAGCGGAAUGCGAGAAUCAACUUCUGGCUGUAUCGGACCCGCCGCUCAUGCAAAUGCCGAUGAGUAUCUCUGCAACAUUUUCUGCGCCACCACCACCACCUCCACCUCCGCCAUCACUAGUAGGGGCGGCUCCACCGGCUCAGCAAAUAAUUUCAACCGCAGCCAUGUCCCAAUCUCCUGAACAAAUUAAACAGCAGCUUAAAGCUCAGCUGGAAUAUUAUUUUUCAAGAGAAAAUUUAAUGACUGAUAGGUUUCUACGGUGUCAGAUGGACAACGAUCAAUAUGUACCAAUACGAAUUAUUGCUAGCUUUCCAAAAGUUAAACGACUCACGAAUGAUUACAAUUUGGUUGUUAAAGUGUUGCGAGAGUCAUCUCAGGUACAGGUCGACGAAAAAGGACAACGGGUACGAGCCGUUUCAAAACGGUGUACUAUUAUUCUGCGUGAAAUACCUGAAUCCACUGAUGAAAAAGAGGUAGCAUCAAUGUUCACUGGUGGGCCACCAUAUCUGAGCCUACAAUACGGCCUUAAUAAUAGCUGGUAUGUGACAUUCGAGUCGGAAGAAGCUACGGAACGUGCAUUCUUGCACUUGCAGAAUCUUGGCAAAACUUUCAACAAUAAACCAAUUUGUGCACGAAUAAAAACAGGUGGCGCACCAUAUUCAGAACCAUUGAACUUGAUUCCGGAUCGAUCUCCAUCUGCUGUACCAUCGGAAAUUUCGGGCGACCCCACUGUGUCUGUUCCAGUCGUGCCUACUCCUUCACCAUGUUCAUCCGAGAGUUUCGAUUUGGGCCAAAUUCUGGCCAGUUACGGGUACGUACCAUGUGCAACUUUCAAGCCUGGUACAACGGUUGUUCAUGUCACCUCUACUGUCGGUGUAAUUAAUCGAAGUGCCAACCACCAUCGGUUGCGAGGUGUUGGCACUGCUGGAGUAAACAGUUAUCGAGGUUCCAGUUCUAGAGCGCGAGCUGGUUUCGUAUAUAAUCAGCGAGUGUCCACUAGCGAUCAUCGUGAUUUUAGUACAAGUAAUAAUUACCAACACGGAGGAGGUCGACGAAACAAAAAUCAUAAUGAUACUCAUCGUGAUGGUUAUCGAGAUAGAAAUAACGAUCCUCUAACCUUUGUUCGUCCUCGUGGCCGACAGAAUCGUCUUAAUAAUUUUUAUUCUGGCCCAGUGCGGAGUAGAACACCAGUUGAAUCGCAGAAGAUUAAUCAAAACGAUAACAUACAGCAACGCUAUGACCAUGAUCAAUCAAGCGGCCGGAGUAUGCAGACACGACAACGUCGUAAGCAAAGGGAUAUUCCGUCACCUGGAAUUCCGCCUGGGAAUAAUAAAAGUGUAUUAUGCCCUCCGGUAAUUUGUCUGCCGUCAAAAGAAGGCAAGAAAAGUGAAGAGCAACAGUGUUGUUCAAAAAUAGCCAGUGAUGAUGAUUCCAAACUGGAAAGAAGCAGUUCUCGUAAAACAGUUGAUACGGAAUACAGCUUCGAAGAGGGUGCGUUUCCUUGCCUUUCUGAAGAAAUAUCUCCAGUGGUGGAGGUAAAAGAAUCAAAAUCGCGGAGUAAACCAACAUUCAGUUCAGUAGCCGCCGGUAAAAGAGAAGAAAAGAAAGAAACGAAAGAAAGGAAAAGUUAUGCACAGACGCUGAAGCAAAAUAAUGGGUAG